UCACAAAUCCGUUUACACAAACUAUUUUUGCUCCUCCUGGUUGCUUGUUCCUUUUGUCUUGCCCCUUUUGGCCUAUAUUCGGACAGUAGGGUGCAGAUGGUUUGUCAUCAUGUUUAUUGAGUAAUUUGGUAUUGAUUAUGUAGGCAAUCAAUUAGGUAAAAGAAUUGGAUGUCAGCAUAGAGGGAAAAAGUUUGGAAGAGAAGAAAAGUCCGUUUGCAAAGUGGCUGCUACAACUUUGUCAUCGAAGGUUAGUCGAUCUUGCAAUCGGAACUGAUGAUAGGCUAAACAUCGAAAUUAAGAAAAUACACAAUCUUGUAACUGAAUUUUUUGUUUAUCUUUUAUGAUGUUGUGGUUGGUUAGUGUUGGACUUUGUUGUGUCGGCCUUUAGGUUUGUAGUGCAGCCAUGCGUAAAAACAUCAACUUGACAAAUCUUGAUGAAGUUCUUCCAUCUUUUUCUUCCUGCAAUCAACUAGAGAAUGGAAGGCAUAUGAAUCGAGGGAGAAGAAAGAAGAGAACUAGAGCUAAUGGAACAAAAGACCCAAAAACGAUUCGGUCGAAUUUUUUGAAAUAGGUUUUUAGAGUAAGUGGGUCAUAAAUUUUGAAAGGAGUAAAGAAAAAAGGACAAUUUUAAAUCUUAAAAAAAUGUUAAAGAGUAUUUUUAAAUCUAAAGGUAAAAAAAAAGUAUUUUAAAACUAUUUAGAAUAGGGUAAGCACAUUUUUAAUCAUAAAAUAAUAAAUAAAGAUAAAUGAGAAUACACUCUUCAUCUUCUCCAAGUACAAGUAUGGCCGUAAAGCUAUGGCAAAAUAUGGAAGUUUCAAUCACAGCUCUCUCUUCGACAACCUAUAUUACUUUCCACUAUGUUGUUUUGGAGAUUUCUGGUUCAGCUGAUCAUGGUCACCACCAGAGAUUUCGAGGAAACAUACGCCACGCAAAGUGAUUUCUGAAGAGGAAUUGAUGGGUCUGAUUCAGAGAAGAUGGCAAUCAAGGCUCAGAGCAUUCAGGAAGCUAGGCUAUUGUGGUCUUCUCCUCCUCUUCUUCCCCAAUUGUAGAACUAUGGCGGUAGAGCUAUGGCAAACAGUGAAAGAUUCUAUCACAGUUCUUUCUCCGGUAAUCUCUUCAACAGUAUGUUGUCUCGGAGUUUUUUGGUUCGCCAGAUCGUGCUCACCACCAGAGACUUCGAGGAAUGGAUGCAACCACCAUUUCAGCUUGAAGAGAUUUCUGAAGAGGAAUUGGACUAGUAUGAUUCAAAGAAGAUGGCAAUCAAGGGUCAGAUCUGUCGAAUUUCUAAGAACAGGUAGGAUUGCAAAAAAGGAAAAAAAUAUUAAAGAGUUUUGACCAGAAUGAAUUUACAGGUGGAUGACUUCGUAUAAAACUCUCACUCCUUAUCAACUAAAAUUUCACAAUUUUCACCCAAUUGUUUUGCGCACACUGAAGAGGAUAAACAAUCUUAAGGAGUUCAGGAGAUUGAAGCUUUAUGGAGUUCCAAAAAAAUGGAAAGACUGAAGCUGCUGAUAUGGGAAAAGGAGACUCUCCUGUAAGGAGAUGGGAGGACCUUGAUAUUAAUAUCUUGGUCAUGAUACUCCUGUACUUGGACAUUUUCCAGUUGACAAGUGUGAUUCCUCAAGUUUGUCGUGCAUGGCGGUUAGCUUGUUGUGAUCCACUUCUCUGGAUUACGCUGGACUUGUCCGUGUUGCAAUCGAACUUCAUCAGACUCCAAGUGAAGCCAUACGUGUAUGUCGACAGUCCGUCUGAAGAAAAAUUGACCGGACUCCUAAAUAAUUGCCUGAACCUCAGUCGUGGAAACAUACAAACAUUGAUCUUCCAUCCUAAUUUGUAUGUUAACGACAAUCAAUUGACUACUGCUGCGGAGAGGUGUCCACGGCUUAAACGCCUAGUUAUGCCUUCUUGGGACAAAAUUAAAAAGCGAACAAUGUGCAGGGCUAUUCAUAUAUGGAAUGAUCUUGAGUCACUAACGAUGCCAAGUAUAAAAAAUCCUGCACGUGUCAUAGAGGAAAUUGGCAGGAGUUGCCAAAAAUUUGUUGCACUCAAAAUUAUGGAGCCCUGUGAUAUGCUUUUUGCAUCUUCACUGGCUUCAUUUCUUCCAAACUUGGAAGUUUUGAGUGUGAGGUGCACGGUUUUAUCUAAACCUGCUCUGGCUAUUAUCUUGGAGAAGUUAAAAAAGUUGAAAGUGCUUAACAUAUCUCAUUGUGCAAUUACUGAAGACUCUCCACUCGAACCGAUGAGAAUUCUGACCAAGCUUGAUAAAUCGAUUCUUGAAAAAGCGUCCAGGUUAGACGAAUUCCUAACCUGCAUGAGUGACUCCUGCAUCAUGUGUCAGCGCACUCUAAAUGAUAGAGGGUUUUUGAGGUGGUACAGGUAUGAAGAAGACCUCUGGAAAGUGGAUGAGGUGAAGUCUCUUGCGGUUUGAACUUUUAGAAGGUAUUGCUUCAUGAGCUGAAGGUCUGGAGCAAAUGUGGAAGCUUGUGUAGGUUUCGUGUUCUUUGUGUUUCUAUGAACUUGUGUUUUUCGUUUUUGGGUUUUCGUCGUACCAAUUUCAUAUGUACUGCCAAGCAUUGUAAGCUUAUACUUCGUUUUGCUAAGCUUUUGGGAUGCUAGACAUGUUUAGUUUCUCAUUUAAAAGGUGAGAUAUUUGGAUAAAACUAUGGGAGAAAAUAUAUGUUUUUGAAAUUAGCAAAAGUUGUUUUCCAAAAUUGGAAAAA